GUAAAAUGAGAUCAUCGUUUGUGUCUAAAAGUGCAGCUGCCAUCAAAACCCAAAAACCAACAGGAUCACUCAAAACAAAGCUGAACAAUGGAUUGAAAGUUGUUUCUCAAGAAAAUAAUGGAGCGAUUAGUCAAUUGAUCCUCGCUUUUCGUGCUGGUUCUCGUUAUGAAAAGGUCACUCAGCCUGGACUUGUGCAUCACGUUCGAAACUUUGUUGGAAGAGAUGCUCAAUCUUAUCCAGGGUUGCAGCUUGUUUGGUCAUCAGCCGCCAGUGGAGCCAAUUUGAACUCUUUCGCUACCCGUGAUAUUUUCGGUGUUCAAAUAAGUGUUGCUCGCGAUCAAGCUGCUUACGCUCUCUCAAUCCUCGGCCACGUUGCUGCCAAACCAGCUUUUAAACCAUGGGAACUAGAGGAUGUUACUCCAACAAUUCUUGCUGAUUUAUCACAGAAAACUCCAUAUGGAAUUGUGUUUGAGGAUAUUCAUCGCGCUGCCUUCCGCAAUGAUUCCCUCUCGUUUUCACUGUACUCCUCCAAAGGACAAGUUGGCGCUUACAAAUCCCAGGAACUUGCCAAGUUCGCUGCCAAGCAUUUUGUAUCCGGAAAUGCCGUUCUCGUUGGAAUUAAUGUCGAUGGGUCUAUUUUGAAAAGUUAUGCCGAGGAGUGUGGUGUCGUACCAGACGGGCAUAUCAUCACCAAUCAGGGGUCACCUUUCAGGGGUGGAGACUAUCGCCGUUUCGCUCGUGGAAAUGAUGUUCAUAUAAUGGUUGCUGGAGAUGGAGCAGCGGUUGGAGAUCUGAAAUUUUUGGCUGCCCAGGCAGUUUUUCUCGCUCACAUCGGACGUGCUUCUCCACUGAAAUUUGCAUCACUUCCAGGAUCAACCAGUGGACUCGCUCUUGCGAAUCUUCCGGAAGGAGUUACUGGAAGUGCAUUCCAGGCACCAUAUGAUGGAAGUGGCCUUGUUGGUGUUUAUUUGCUCGCAACCGGAGCUAAUGCAGAUUCUGCUGUUCGAGCAACUGUCAAGGUGUUGAGAACUACUCAAGUUCAGGAUAUUGAAGGCUGCAAGCGCCGUGCUAUCGCCGAUAUCUUGUUCAACGCUGAAAACAACGUCUACUCUGCCUACGAUUUGGCGACAAACGCCCUCUACAACGGUCCAGAACAGUCGGAAUUGAUUGCGGAAAUUCAAAAAAUUCAAGAAAGUGAUGUGCAGAAGUACACCAAAGCCGCGUUCGAACGUCUCGCCAUCUCUGCAUAUGGAAAUUACGGAAGAAUCCCAUAUGCCGACGAGCUUUAAUUUAAAUUCGUUUUUGUCAACUUUUUGUGCUAAUUUUCGUUCUCUUAAAAACAUCAAAUCGU